UUUCAUUAACCAAACCAUCUUUCCCUCUUCUCUUCAACUUCAAACCUCAAAUCUCCUUCUAAUUGUCUCUCUCUCUAGAUAUAUACGUAUACAUAGAGAGAUACAUAUAUAUCUGUAUCUGGGUUUUCUCUAAAACUUGAAGAGGAGAAAAAGAGAGAGAGAGAGAGAGCUAAGGGUAUGGCGGGAGACAGCAGCAGUAGUAUUGCGACAAGGGAGCUUACUCAGACCCCGACAUGGGCUGUUGCGGGUGUGUGUGCUGUCAUCAUCAUCAUUUCCAUUACCAUGGAGAAGGGUCUCCACAAAUUUGGAACGUACCUUUCGGAAAGGCACAAGAAAGCUCUGUAUGAAGCUCUCGAGAAAGUUAAAGCCGAGUUGAUGAUUCUUGGUUUCAUUUCGCUACUUCUGACAUUUGGGCAGAAAUACAUUGUCAAAAUCUGUAUUCCCACUAAUGUUGCCGAUACUUUGUUGCCAUGUCCUCUCCCCGAAACCAGUACAACAGAGGCACAUAAACGGAGGCUUUUAUGGUUCGAACAAAGAAUUUUAGCUGAGGCUAGUAGCUCCACUUCCUCCUCCACUUCCUCUUGCAAGUCGGGGAAGGUGCCGCUGAUAUCCACUGAAGGAGUGCAUCAAUUACACAUCCUCAUAUUCUUUUUAGCAGUCUUACAUGUGUUAUACAGUGCUGUCACGAUGGCACUUGGGCGACUCAAGAUUCGCGGGUGGAAGCAGUGGGAGCUGGAGACUGCAUCCCACGACUACGAGUUCUCCAAUGAUCCCUCAAGAUUCAGGCUUACUCAUGAGACAUCUUUUGUGAGAGCACACACUAGUUUCUGGACUAGGAUUCCAUUAUUCUUUUAUAUUGGAUGCUUCUUUCGACAAUUCUUUAGGUCUGUUAGUAAGUCUGACUACUUGACCUUGCGCAACGGAUUCAUCAGUGUUCAUUUGGCUCCUGGAAGUAAAUUUAACUUCCAAAAAUAUAUCAAAAGGUCAUUAGAGGAUGACUUUAAGACAAUUGUGGGAGUCAGUCCCGUCUUAUGGGCUUCAUUUGUGAUUUUCUUGCUCCUGAAUGUUAGUGGGUGGCAGUUAUUGUUUUGGGCAUCCUUAAUUCCUAUCCUUAUAAUCUUACUUGUUGGAACAAAGCUCCAAGCCAUUUUGACUAUGAUGGCUCUCGAAAUCACGGAAAGACAUGCAGUUGUCCAAGGGAUUCCUCUUGUGCAAGGCUCGAACAAAUAUUUUUGGUUUGGUCGGCCGCAGUUAGUUCUUCAUCUGAUCCACUUUGCUUUGUUUCAGAAUGCAUUCCAGAUAACAUAUUUAUUGUGGAUUUGGUACUUGUUUGGGCUACAAUCUUGCUUCCAUGAUGACAAUUUCAAGCUUGUAAUUGUUAAAAUUGCUUUAGGGUUUGGAGUCUUGUUCUUAUGUAGCUACAUCACGCUUCCUCUGUAUGCCCUUAUAGCUCAGAUGGGCACGCAUAUGAAGAAAUCAAUCUUUGAUGAACAAACAUCCAAGGCUCUUAAGAAGUGGCACAUGGCAGUAAAAAAGAAGCACAGGCAGGGAGGAAAGUCUCCUACCCAAACCCUUGGCGGAGAAAGCCCAAGCCUAUCAGCUUCAGUGGGUUCAACCUUGCAGUCUGCUGGAGCUGCGCUCCAUCGCUUCAAGACUACCGGUCACUCAACCCGUUUGUACGAGGACCGUGACUUAUAUGAUUUUGAAGCGGAGCCAUUGUCACCCACAUCAUCGACAACACCUGACUUGAUUUUAAGAAUUGAUGAUCAUAAUUCGGAGAUUGAAACAAGUGCACCCCAACCUCAAGAGGAAAGUAGAAAGGAGGAUGAUUUCUCAUUCGUGAAGCUUGCUCCAGUGAAGUGAAGAUGAUGAUACCGGUAAUUCUCCCACUUGUAUGAUUUUUUGUUCGGUAUAAUUUCGAGGAAAUAUUAUAAUUGUUGGAACUUGGAAUGUAGUUAAAUAUAGUGGUAUUUGUUGUACAUUUUGACAUGCUUGUUCAUAAAAACAGUUUUAGAUAUACAAUUUUGCUUGUUCAUUUUUUA